UUCAAAAUUCAGGGCAAUCUCUUUUGGCACUCAACGGCUAGUUCAUCUUUGUCCCACGUACCAGUAUUGACUCUAUCCUCAAUCUUCUGCUUUGGUUUUGGCUCACAAUGCAAGCAGAAAAGGAGCAAUCUUGGAAAAUCUACAUCCAUGCCAAGGCCAAGAACUUCCAUUUCAAACUCAGAGUCAAAGCAACAAAUAUCGUACCCACUUGGGAGUUCCAUCAAUGCUCCAUUGUGCUAAAGCUGGGAAAAUACCUCCUCAAAUUGAAAUCCAACUACGGAACAGCACUUAUUCCCAGUCAAAAACAACCCAAAACCCUGAAAUCCAAGUUCCUAGUACUUCUCAAGAAGUUCCGCAUUCGACGGUCCAAGAACCGAGCCUUUGGUUUCAAGCAGAAGUCAGAUCUCUCAAAGCCAGAAGAAAAUAGAAUGGGAUGGUUUGCUUAUAAGGAACCAAUCUGUUUGGGUUCAUUGGUUGUUGGGAUUCUUGCAUUUUUAGUUCAAUCUAUCAGCAACAAAGAUCAGAAGGGAAUUGUCAUCCAUGGCUCUGUUAUCUCGUUAUACCUUGCUUUGUUAUUCAAGAAAUAUACGACAGGAAGAAUCAGCAAUUUCUUGGUACUUCUAAUGGUUGCGACAGUGGCUUGUUCACUAGUUCUUGAAUUGGACAAUUGUUUAAGAUAUGAUUAUCUUCAGAUGGCAUGGGACUAUCUUGUUUCCUCCGGAUUUCCAGGAAAUUUUCAAGCUUUUAUCAAUCUUCUGGGGUCCAGGGUGACUAAUUAACCAAACCGAAGAUAUGGGAUAGCGGACACAAUAUUAAAAUUAUUUUCACCUUCUUAUUCCAUCACAUCUAUGGGUAUUGUUCAAAGGCUUCAAAAUACAUUUUUAUCGCAUAAUUAUUUUACAACGCAGACGUGGUAGUUUCAAUCAGUCAAUAGUUAUGACUGUCAAUUUGUCACUUUUGACUCCAUGGGGGGUUAUGGGUAUCAGAGUACAGAAUUUCUUUUGAAGGUGGAGUCUUCUUGCACGUUACGAAUGGUGACAUGGUAGUAGUAGUGAUGGAAGACAAGAAGGUUGGGAACCUUUAUUUGUUAAGAGAAAAAUUUGUGCGGCGAGUAAUCCUAGACGUUAUAUUGUCAUUAUUAGAUGAAUACAAAAAGAAUAUGGAUAUGACAUCUAAAAUUACUCUCCUAUAGCUUUGUUUUUGGAGGAAACAUGUUGAGGAGAUUGUAUAUUAUCAGGCUCGAUGGAAUUCAAACAAAGGUGCAGAUUUGUUUUGAAUUUCAACUACAUUUAUGGUUGCAAUUAAUGCACCUAUUUGUGGCCUUUGGAGAAGACU